AUUUUUUUCUAUGAUCUCAAUUAAUCUUUCAGCAUUUACGUAAUUUAUUUAUUAUUUAUUUAUAUAUAAAAUAUAAAUAAAAACCUUUCGCGGUAACGCCACUGUGAUUCCUCAAACCACCGCAUUUACCGACUGCCACCACCGUCUCCGACCGGUGCCAUGCCAAAGAGAAAGGGAAGAGGUCGGCCUAAAGGGUCGAGUCUUCAGAAGAAGGUUAAAUCGAAUGCAAAUGUCGAAACAACUGUUCUUGAUAAUGCAUUCAAUGAUUUGGAAAUUGAUCCUGAAUUUGUAGAGGAGCAGAAGAAAGGCACACAUGGAUUCACUUUAUCACAUUCUCCUGUUCCAGUUGAUCCUGGGUUUGUAGAGGAGCAAGAGAUAGGUACCAUGUUUAUGAGAAAGGGAAGAGGUCGGCCUAAAAGGUCGAUUGUUCAGAAGAAGUUUAAAUCGAAUGCAACUGCCGAAACAACUGUUUUAAGCAAUGCAUCAAAUGAAUUGGAAGUUGAUCCUGAAGUUGUAGAGGAGCAGGAGACAGUUUUAGGUACCAUGUUUUUGAGAAAGGGAAGAGGUCGGCCUAAAGGGUCGAGUCUUCAAACGAAGGUUAAACAGGGUGCAAAUGUCAAAUCGACUGUUCUUGACAAUUCAUCAAAUGAUUUGGAAGUUUAUCCUCAAUUUGUAGAGGAGCAAGAAACAGGUACCAUGACUAGGGGAAAGGGAAGAGGUCGGCCUAAAGGGUCAAUUCUUCAGAAGAAUGUUAAACAGAGUGCAAAUGUCAAAACAGUUCUUAAUAAUCCAUCAAAUGAAUUCGAAGUUGAUCGAGAGUUUUCAGGGGAGCAGGAGCCAGAAAUGCCUACGAAUAGGGGACGAGGACGACCAAAACGGUCAAGUGAUCUGAAUUAUCAAAAGAGUGUUCAGAGAAAUGUAAGUAGUAGUCCCAUCAAUCCUGCAAAUAUGGUGGAAACUGUUCAUGAGGGCAAAGAAUUAGAAAAUCCAGAUCUCCAAUUUUAUGUUCUUGAUAAUCCAUCAAAUGAAUCUGAAGUUGCUCCCGGGUUCGUAGAGGAGUGGGAGAGAGACCUUCCUAAGAAAAGGGGACCGGGACGUCCAAAACGGUCAAGGGGUCAAAAUUAUCGUGAGGAUGUUCCUAGGAUCAUAAGCAAUCCCUUCAUUUCUUCAAAUACGGUGCAAGUUGUUCAUGACUGUAUAGAGUCAGAAAGUGAAGAUAUGCCUAACGAAAAGGGACAAGAACAACCACGCGAGUCAAGGGUGCAGAACUGUCAUAGAAAUCCCAAUGGCACUGUAGUUUAUGAUAAUCCAUCAAAUGUAAUGGAAGUCAGUCCUGUAUGUGAAGAAGGCCCCGAGGCUGUAUUUAAUACUCCUAUGCAAAGAGGACGAGGGCGACCAAAAGGGUCAAUGAAUCAGAUGAACCAUCCACAGAAUGCAGAUGCAAGAGUCAGGCCUAAGAAAAUUGUAAGAGGACCGACAAAAGGGGUUAUGCUUGAAAUGAAGCGUAAACUGAGUCCAGAUGGAAAGUUGGAUGUUAUCAUUCAUCCUGAGAGGCUGGUGGCUAUAGGUCCAGGCCGUAAGGACUUCAUUACUGAUCUUUCUAUUAUUCUUCGCAAAAACGCCCGUUUUAAUGUGAACAAGUGGAGGCGGGUUCCACAAAGUACUAGAGAUACAAUAGUGGAAAAAAUUCUGAACCAUUGGAGACUUCCAGAUACAGAUAUGGUUCGGAAGGCGAUUAUUGAUGAAGCAGGCCGAUUAUAUCGGAAUUGGCGCAACAGGCUUCAUGAGUAUUACUUAAUGUUUGAAACAAAAGAAGAGGCCCUGAAGCAUGUCCCUGAGGAUGUCAAUGGGCCUGAUUGGAAAUUCUUGGUUGAUUAUUUUAGCAGCCCUUCUUUUGAGAUGAUUAGCACGAAAAACAAGGCAUGUAGGGCAAAACAGCGGACUCUUCAUACUAGUGGGCGAAAGUCCUUUCAAGCAAUUAGCUUUGAUGCACGGGACCCGACGACUGGAAAAGAGCCUGAUUUGCAGACAUUAUGGCAAAUAACACACAAAAGGGCCAACGGGGAGUGGAUUGAUGAGGCAUCUAAGGAAAUAAAUGACAAAGUUACCGAACAAGUAGGUGAGAUGCUGCUAGAGAAUUCUCAGGAUGGGGUGGAAAUAGUUGAACCUGAGAUUAUUAAAACUGCCUUUAAGACGGUGGUUGGGAAGAAAUCAUAUAUGCAAGGAUUUGAAGAAGGACUGAGGUCAUCAAGCUCUGGUAGAGUUAAAAGGUUGCAGGCUGAAUUAGACGCCCAAAGGACGGAGACAGAGAAUGCUAAGAAAGAAUGCAAUGAAAUAAGAGCCAAACUUGUUGAGGUUGAGUCCCAACUAGCAGAGGAGCGGAGGAAACGAGAGGAGAGUGAGGUUCGAUUAGUGGAUCGUCAAAAAGAUAUGCAGGAAAUCAACAUUCAGGUUCAGACUGCCAUCCAGUCAGCAUUGUCUCAAUAUUGUCCACCAAAAACUGAAGCAGCGACCUCAUCUGAACAUAACGAAAAGGUUGCUGAACUUGAAGCACAACUCCAUGAGGCGGAAGAUGUGAUAACAGAUAUUAGGGCAGAAUUAGCUAGGUAUCGCAGGUAUUAGGAAAGUGAAGCGUUCGCAAGGAGCGUCGAUGAUUAGUUUAUGACAGAUUUGAGUUACCAGAUUGGACCUGGAAAGGAUCUUAUCCGCAUGUGCAGUUAAUUUUGUGCUAUACAGAAAAGUGAAACAAAAUUUCUCAUGAACAAUCAUCAUUUAGCAAUAUUUGCUAUUCUUUUUCCGCUGAAAAAAAUUUGACUUCCAACAAUGGGUCUGUUUGUUAUAAGCCAGAA